AUGAAUCCAAAGUUCAAGUCACUCUUCGACCAACUUGGCUUUGGAGCACAAGCAAGGGAAGCAGCUGCCAUAGCCUUUAUGAACAUCUCUGCAGAGUAUGGUCCUUAUUACUUCACUGCCCAACCACAGAGGUCGUUUUUGGAAAAUGACAAUGCUAUUGUCUUCACUAACGAAUACAUGGAAGUCCCGUAUCAAGAUCACAGGAGGCCACCUUACUUGAAGGGUCAAAUCAAAGUUGUAUUUGUAAGGAGAGCUUUAGUAGACACAGGCUCUUCUGUCAACAUAUUGCCUCUGUCUGUGCUCACGGUAGCUAACAUCCCACUAUAA